GGAAACUGAACGUCCAAGACGAGGAGCUGGAAGCCAUGUUGAAUGAAGGGAAGGGUCCCAUCAACUUUACUGUGUUUCUGACACUUUUUGGGGAAAAACUCAACGGCACUGAUCCUGAAGACACCAUACUGGCUGCUUUUAAACCUUUUGACCCUAACGGGACAGGUUUCGUCAACAAGGAUGAAUUUAAACGACUACUGAUGAACCAGGCUGAUAAAUUCACAGCAGAAGAGGUCGAUCAGGCCUUCACUCUUGCACCGAUUGACCCAGCUGGCAACAUCGACUACAAGCAGCUCUGCUACAUCAUAACACACGGAGACGAGAAGGAAGAAUCUUAAAAUAAAUAAAUAAAUAAAGCGUUUGAAAUUAUCAGCUUUGGAUUCAAAAACUUUAGUCAUAAUUUUUUUUAAAAG